AUUUUUGCUUUUCUUUAUAUAUCUUCAUUGUAAUGACUUAAAAUACUGCAAUUAAUGACCGAUAAUCCCUUGUUUCAAGCUCUUUCCAUCACACACAUCUAACUUCUUUCCUACUUUCUCUUUCUCAUGGAAACGUCACUAGAUAUACAAUGUGAUGCUCAAACUAGCACCUUUUCCUCUUCUUCAAUCACCUCUUCCUUCUCUUCCUUCCCUUCUCCAAUGAAGAAUUCCAGAAAACAAGAUCAGUCUCAAGACAGCUCUAAGCGAAACCAAGACCCAAAAAACAAUAAUGAAAGUAACAAGAAGGCUAAGAGUGGUGGAAAUGCUGGGAGGCACCCAUCCUACCGCGGAGUAAGAAUGCGUCAAUGGGGCAAAUGGGUGUCCGAAAUCCGGCAACCAAAGAAGAAGUCAAGAAUUUGGCUAGGAACUUUCGCAACACCGGAAAUGGCGGCUCGAGCUCACGAUGUAGCUGCCCUUACAAUUAAAGGUCAUUCAGCUCACCUUAAUUUCCCUGAACUCGCUCAUGAAUUUCCACGUCCAGCUAGUUCAUCUCCCAAAGAUAUUCAAGCUGCCGCUGCCCUAGCAGCUACCUUGAGCUGCAAGACAAGUCAAAAGGGCCGUGAAACCGAAGCUGAAGACGAGCUGAUGCUUCCUCACUCCCCGGAUAGUACUCUGGCAUCUAAUGAGACACAGGAGUAUUCAUUAAGCUCACCAUUAAGAGAUGAUGGUGAUGACACAUUCAUCGAUUUGCCGGAUAUUUUGCAAGACCAUCAGUUUGAUGAGUUUUGUUACUUGUCAUCAUGGCAGCUGGUUGGACCCGAGACUUCUGAUAUCGGAUAUUGGCAUCACGAGGAGCCUUCUGGGAAUAUACCAUUCAAGUAGAAACAUCUAUUAAAUCUACAAGCCGGCGGCACCGUGCUUAAUUUCUGCAGAGGACAGAGACAGAAAAGUCAGUAAGUCCAGGAAUGAAUAUAUAUAUAUAUAUAUAUAAAACCUGAUUACUGCAGCUUGGAUUUUCAUGAAUUGACCAUUAGGUGUACAUAUAGCAGUGCCUUAUUCCCUUUCGAUCUACAUGAACCUUACCUCGUACAGAUAUUGGAUAAAUGGCAAAGUUUAAUUAUGAGUAUAUAUAAUAAAUCGUGGUCUUGAAUCCCAUUUGUAUGACCCGAAUGCUUAUGUUUAUGCCAUUUUUCCUUUUCUGAUC